GUGACGUCACGGAGGCCCAGCCCAGCCGCAGCUGUCACCGACCGACCGAGCCCAGGGAACCGGCCUAAGGAUGGGAUCUUGCUAGAAAAAGACCGGCGUUGUAUGAAUGACUUCACAUGGGUAGAUACAUCUCAGAGCCCUUGUGAGGAGCAGAAGAUGCGAAGUCCCCAGAACGUGCAGGGUCCGGAGGAUGAUGAUUCUUCCUCUGAAAGCUGCAACGGCAAUGGCUUCUCCUUGCUGAAUCCAUCCAACACUCCACCAAACACAGCAUAUGAUGCCUCUCUACCUGACAUGAAUGGUAAUUCUAGCAGUUCUGCCCUGGAACCCACAGCAGAUGAUCAGCCCAUCAAUCUCAGUGACAAGAUGCGCCCCUCUCUUGAGGUCUUACCUUAUACACCAGAUGGCUGCACUACUGAUGCCCUACGGAGUCGGGGAAAAUAUGCUCUCAAAGCCACAUCUGAGUCACCUCCGUACAGCUCUGGAAGUUAUGACUCCAUCAAGACAGAAGUGAGCGGCUGUGCUGAGGACCUCACUGUUGGAAGAACACCUGCUGUUGAUGAUGACGAUGAUGAUGAACAUGAAGACAAUGAUAGGAUCACAGACUCUGAAGGGCUGGACCCUGAACGUCUGAAAGCUUUUAAUAUGUUUGUGCGCCUCUUUGUGGAUGAAAAUUUGGACCGCAUGGUUCCCAUCUCCAAACAGCCAAAGGAGAAAAUUCAGGCCAUCAUUGAAUCAUGCAGUCGACAGUUUCCGGAAUUCCAGGAGCGAGCAAGAAAACGCAUUCGCACUUACCUCAAAUCUUGCAGACGCAUGAAAAAAAACGGAAUGGAGAUGGCCAGACCUACUCCUCCUCAUUUAACGUCAGCCAUGGCUGAGAAUAUACUGGCUGCUGCCUGUGAGAGUGAGUCCAGGAAAGCAGCUAAAAGAAUGAGACUGGAGAUUUACCAGGCUACUCAGGAUGAUAGUGUUUCAUUAGAGAAACCUUCUGGGCUUGCACACUCCACAUAUACACUGCCCACAGGUACCCUCAGCCAGGAACCUGUUUACAUGAAUGGCAGCCUCAACUAUUCAUACCGUGGAUAUGGGUCCAUUGUGGGGAGUGUGCCACCUGCCACUACACUGAACACUGGAAACCACUGCAAUGGUCCCACUGAUCUCAGCAUGAAGGCUUUGGCAUCUGGAAGCACCCACUCCAACUCCAGCAGCAGAGCAGUGCCAUGUGCCCAGCUGAGUCCCACUGAAAUUGGAGCUGUGCGGCAGCUCAUCGCAGGGUACAGAGAAUCAGCCGCCUUCCUGUUGCGUUCUGCAGAUGAACUGGAAAACUUGAUAUUGCAGCAGAAUUGACUGGUGCUCCAUACUGACCUCCUACUUCUGACCUCAAUUUCUCAUUUAAGACUGGAAUCUGGCAAAGAUGUUCCUUCAACUUUAAGUGUCCCAGACACUGAACCUGACAAUAUUUUCGGGCCAUGGUCUUUGCCAUUUGUCCUGCAGGGAAAUCUGGGGAGUCCCUCUCUGCACUAUUAGAUUUCCUUUUGCACCCUUAUGUCCAGCCCAGCUGACAGGAAUCAAAUAUUUAUUGAACAGAAUUUCUUCUUUUAUUAAUUUAUUUUUCUGAGAAUAGUUUUGUUUGUACAGGUAUAGCUGUUUAUAUCUGUUAAAUGUAGCCUCGAGCUAGCAUCCUACUAACUCCCUCUGGUUCUGGAACCAGCCCUUUUUAAUCCCUCUUCAGCAUUCCAUCCUUUUCAUCUGUUGGGAUUAUACUCAUCAUCUCCCUAUUUAUUGGCUAGCACUCUAUGAUUAUCUUCUUUCUGCCAGGUGACUGUAUCAUCCCAUAGUCCUCUGAUGUGAUUGAUAAUCCUUACUCCCUAUAGUUACUUAGAUCAUUCCAACAUCUCCUCUCCAUUGCUGUACACGGAAGCUUAGUCACAUGAACCCUGUUUACCAUUAACAAAUACAAGUAUUGUGCUAUUCUCUUCUAUAUACACUCUGAACACUGAGGGGUGAAAGCAAAAGCUUAGCCCACUACCGCUAUUAUUUACUUCAGGUAAACUCCGCUAUCCUUGAGAACUUUAAUAUAUGAUCGCACCUGCUUAGUAUAAUUCAGAUUUUGCACAGAAAGUAGCAAAGAAUAUUUCUUGCUGUACAUAACUCAGGCAGACCAAACCACAUACUCUGCAUGGACACACAAAUAAUUAUCCUUUCAGGGUGCAUUGGUGUUAUUUCUACUGCUAAUUAGCAACAGUACCUUACGUAUAAAAAAUUUUUUGUGGUCAAUUCCAUUUCAGUUUACUUUUUACAACAUUCCAUUUGACUACUUGUAUUUAUCGAUAUUGUAAUUUUAUGUUUGUGACAAUUUUUUUUUUUAACGAUUUAAUUUAAAGCCUCAUAUUCAAGUGUGUCAAUCUAUUGCUGCUGAAUAACAUUUUUGGGUUUCCUCCUGCAGAAUCGUCAAAUUAGCCAAAUCAAAUUAGGAAAAGCUAUAUCCAAUUCAUUUUCUUUCACAAAUGGGGCAGUAAACUCCAAAAAUUGUAUUGUUGAAAGAUAAUCCCUUUAUUACCCAUUCCCCAGUUUUGCAUAGCCAGCACCAUCAUAUUUAUAUACUUUUUAACCUCUGUGAUGACCUUAUAUCUAAGUCUCCUUUGACAACCUCCUGAUCACAUGGCUAUUUUAUUUUUUAUCUAUUGACUUGCAUUUUAGCCAAUUAGCUCAGUGACAGGAGGCUGUAGUGGCUUAGAAACAGGCCGAAAUUUUGAGAUUUAAAUGUUUAAAAGUAUCUUAAUAUAACAAUGUUGGUUGUGCAAAUCUGGGGAAUGGGUAGUAAAGGUGUUAUCUAUUAUUUUUUUUUAUUUUUUUAAACAGUAACAAUUUUGGUGUAGACUGUACCUUUAAGAUUAUAUUACAAAAUGUUUAAUGAUGUGCAGUACAACUUUGCCAUAUACUUUAACUAUUUUGCCCCCCCUGUGCCUGUAUUUUAUGCCUACAAAUUGUGUUUUGAGAUUUUAAAGUGGCUCCACAAACAUAACCCUGCCUCAUAUUCUAAUCAUAAUAGGAUUAAGCCAAGAUGAUGAUAAAUCAAAAUUUGUAACAAAAUAGCUACCAAAUAGCAUGUUUGGUAAUUGAGAAACAAUUGCAAUACAGUAAAAAAAAAAAACGCACUUCCCUAAUUUGACAAUUUAUUGCACGUCUACAGAAAAAUCUUUAGUUACAAGGUGUUUAUUGUCCCUUGAAUCAGCCAGUUGCAGUUGUUUAAACAACUCAAUUGACAAGUGGACGACCAGCAGUUGUUACUGCACACACUGGGUUGAAAAUUGCAACCUUUUUGCCUCCACCUCUUUCUUGGAGCACAGCAGGAAACCACUUUACUCUUUCUAGACUCAGUCUAAAGUUUUGUUUUAAUCAAUAAAUCUGUACACUAGUAAAUUAUUACUCCAUUUGCAGGGGCCACAGUUAAGUGUCACUUAGAAAACUAACAAAUGUUUUGUCCUUUAUAUAAACACAAGAGCUGUUUUACUUCACGUAAGGGGUGCUUUGUUCUAACAUUCCUGCCUUUUACCUAUGGUCAGCAUUAGUCUAUGUAUGAUUUGUUACUGCUGUUGGAAUAAGUGUGCAGGUGGCCUCAUAGUAUUGAGCUGUCCAAGGCUCCCCUACUUACUAAGUCAUAGGCACAGGGCAGCAAACCAGACUUUACCCCUUGCACAGGAAAAGUCUAUCAUAUGGUUGCAUAGUUACACAAUGUCCCUUAUGUUCAUGCCCAUCAGCAGGGCCCGCUUAUGGUAAUCUGCAUGGUCUGUAAAAGCUCAGGUUUAUUAAAGAGACAUAAAAAAUAUCAGAAGUACUCUUUUUUUUAUUGUAAAACAGGAGGUAUUUUAAGAUCUAUUUAAACACAAAACACCACUGAUUUGAGGCAUCUAUGUACUUAUUUAUUAUUUAAAAAAAUACACUACCACUAUCACUUAUGAAGUGACCAUUUAGAACUGAAAACCAUAGCAGUUACUAACCAUAAUUACACUGCUAGGACACAAAACCCUUGCACUUGGCUCUUCUAAGCAGAUGAGGCUUUUCCCAAUCUAAUAUAUAUAAUUAUAUAUAUAAUAAAUAUAUAAAAAGAUAUUUAUUGUUACUCUGUACUUUCUUUUCCAGUAAAUGUAGUUUAUUUAAUUUGUAGGAUGUUUUGUCAGAAGACGUGAAGUGGUUAGCAGGCAGAGACCAAUGAGCUGUCAAAACAGUGACCCCCAGGUAUUAAAUGCACUGACCUAUUUAAAGUGGAACCCACCCUUUUUAAUAUGUGUAUCAUAUGUAAGGCUAAUUACUAAAUGAACACUGCAUAAUAAAAUGUCCCACAUUUCAGAAACUG